AUGAAGCGACAAUCAUUACAGGCAUCAAUGAGUAGUUCAAUUAAGCAAAAAAUUCCAUCAAAUACUUGCCAAUCAAUCAGUACUGCAACUUCCUAGAAUAUGAGAAACUCAGUUGAUAGAAGAAUUAACUAGAAAUUCGUAGCAUCUCCAAGUCGUAAAAUGGAUUACUAAAGACAUUAAUUGCAUAUCGCUAGUCAAGAGAUAAUUGAGAAGUUUACAAAAAUUGAUUCUCAGUUCAAAGAAGCUUUGGGACAUCAAAAUUCUUACAAAUUACCUCCUAAAUGUAAAUCUAAAAAACAAAUUUUAACAAAAAACUAGUCAAAAAUAGAAUAUCCUAAUAUAUCACUUACCAAUUAAAAGUAAGCCCACUAGGAUUUAGAACAGAAAAGAAAAAAUAUAGUAAAUUACAUUCUUCAAUAAAAAUAAGAAAAGCCUUAAGUAAGUGGUGGCAACUCUAUUGACAUGGCUACUAUAUAAGAUUCAGUGAAUCAAAGAUCAAGAUAAAUGGAAAAUUAAUUAUCAUCAAGGAUCAUCGAUUUACAGCACAAGUACUAUAAUACAGUUGAAUAUUAAGCAGAAACUCCUUCUCAUUUUAAUAGUCGAAAAGCCGCCCCUAAAAUAGAUUAUUCAUUGAUGGAUGAAAUGAAUAGAACAAGAAACCCUAGUAUGUCUCGAAACAAGGAAGCAUCAAUAACUGGUACCAGAAGAAUGACAAAUGAAAAAGUUCAUAAAUCAAAUUUCAAGAUUGUUUACAGUACAUUAGAACUUGAAAAUGAAUAACCUUACAGACCAACUAUUAAACUUCAUUCGAACUUAUCAAAUUAUAUGAAUUCAAAAACUAUAAAGGUUGUUUCUCCUUAGUAGAAAGGAGAUUUUUACAUAGGAAAUAAUUCUUAUACAAUGAGACCUGACAAAUCAAAAUAAUCCUCUGCUCACUUUAAUCUAUCAACUACGAAGAAAAUAAAUCUUGACUACACAAGUUAAGUUACAGGUCUAUCAGGUUCAACUGUACCUAUGGAAAUGCCAAAAAUAUCCUCUGAACAAAUUAAUGCUCAUUAACGAUUAAAUAAGCUCUUGCUGACUUCACCUGAGUAGGAAGAUUUUGGUAUGUAAAAGGAUUUUGGUCAUAUAUUUGAUGAACAAAAGAUAAAAUCAAUUGACAGAAGACAUCUUGAUAGCAAUAUCUCAGAUAUACUAGAAAUUCGACCGUCAUAAUCAAAUACUUAAUAAUCAUCAAGGAGAUAAAGCUUAUUAAGUGGUAGUAAAGUAAAUCAGAAUGAGACAUCCUACAAUAUUUCCUACAGUAUGAAAAAUCUUAAUUUCUAUGACCACAAUAAGAAUAGUAGUAGAAAUAAUGAAGGAGAAAAGUCUUAAACUAGGAUAAAAAACAAUAAUGAAUAGGAUGGAAUAAUAUGUGCUGCUUAAUUAGGAUUAAGAAACAUCACAAAUAUCAUUAGUUCUAGAAGUACAAGUGGAUCAAGAGGCAGGGGGUUAUAUUAAAGUAAAUUUGAUGCUUUAAAAUGUCAAAUAGUCAUUUAAUGA